AUGAAAACCCACGUCGAAGUUUCAUCUGCUAGAAGAAAAUAAAGAAAGGCUCAUUUCGCCUCUCCCUCUCACCUCAGACAAACCUUGAUGUCUGCUCACCUUUCCAAGGAUCUCAGAUCUAAGUACAACGUUAGAUCCAUGCCCGUUAGAAAGGACGACGAAGUUCUUAUUGUUAGAGGUAAAUUCAAAGGUAACAAGGGUAAGGUUACUCAAGUCUACAGAAAGAAAUGGGCUAUCCACGUUGAAAAGAUCUCCAAGAACAAACUCAACGGUGCUCCUUACCAAAUCCCCUUAUCUGCUUCCCAAUUAGUCCUCACUAAGUUGAAGCUUGAUAAGAGUAGACAAUCCCUCCUCACCAGAAAGGCUGCUUCCCUUAAGACCAAGGGUCAAAAGCACACUGUUGCUUGA